AUGUCGACCAAAGCGAUCCGUGAGGCCGAUGCCAAGCAAUUGGUCAACUACUGGCUUACUCGCUCGCCCACUCCCAUCGCCACCGUCACCGAGUCGACUGCGGCUCCCGUUCGCGUCGCCCAGAUCCAGUUCGACGACGAGUCGAAGCAGCUCACCCCCACUAUCAAGCCUGGCCACGGCCUCCCCGACUGGGUCUUCACUGAGAAGCUCGUCGGCAAGCCUGACCAGCUCAUUAAGCGCCGUGGAAAGGCCGGCCUCCUCAGCAUCAACAAGGGCUGGGAGGAGACUGGCGCCUGGAUUGCCGAGCGUGCCGGCAAGCCCGUCAAGGUCGAGUCUACCACCGGUACCCUCAAGACCUUUAUCAUUGAGCCUUUCCUCCCCCACGCUGCCAACACCGAGUACUACGUCUGCAUCAACUCGACUCGUGAGGGUGACUGGAUCUACUUCACCCACGAGGGUGGUGUCGACGUCGGAGAUGUCGACGCCAAGGCUCUCAAGCUCCUCCUCCCCGUGAACAAGGCUUUCCCCACCCGUGAGGUUGUCAAGGAGACCCUCCUCGGCGCUGUUCCCGAGAACAAGAAGGAUGUUCUCUGCGACUUCAUCGUCCGCCUCUACGGUGUCUACGUUGACCUCCACUUCGCCUACCUCGAGAUCAACCCCCUCGUCUGCCUCGACCCCGUUGACGGCAAGCCCGCCGAGAUCCACUACCUCGACAUGGCCGCCAAGCUUGACCAGACCGCCGACUUCCUCUGUGGUCCCAAGUGGGCCAUUGCCCGUGACACCACCACCGCCCCCGCCGCCGGUGUCAAGGCCGACCGUGGACCCCCCAUGGUUUGGCCCGCUCCCUUCGGCCGUGACCUCACCAAGGAGGAGGCCUACAUCCAGAAGCUCGACGCCUCGACCGGUGCCUCGCUCAAGCUUACCGUCCUCAACCAGCACGGUUCUGUCUGGACCAUGGUUGCUGGUGGUGGUGCCUCGGUCGUCUACUCGGACGCCAUCGCCGCCGCUGGCUACGCCCACGAGCUCGCCAACUACGGCGAGUACUCGGGUGCCCCCACUGAGGGCCAGACCUACGAGUACGCCAAGACCAUCCUUGACCUCAUGACUCGUGGUGAGCCCCUCAAGGACGGCAAGGUCCUUAUCAUCGGUGGUGGUGCCGCCAACUUCUCGGACGUCGCCGCUACUUUCAAGGGUAUCAUCCGUGGUCUCAAGGACUACCGCGAGGGCCUCAUCCGCCACAACGUCCGCAUCUGGGUCCGUCGUGCCGGCCCCAACUACCAGGAGGGUCUCAAGGCCAUGCGCCUCUGUGGCGAGUCGCUCGGUGUCCCCAUCAAGGUCUACGGCCCCGAGUCGCCCAUCACCGCCAUUGUCCCCAUGGCCCUCGGCCUCAACAAGGCCCAGUCGGCUGCCAUCUCGCGCACUGCUUCGUCGGUCGACAUUGCCGCCGCUGUCGAGGCCUCGGCCUCGAAGCAGCCCCAGCACGGCUCGGAGAAGGCCCCCGUCGGCUCGUUCAAGCUUAACGGCGAGCGUGAGCAGGCCGGCGACCAGAUCGUCCACUUUGAGGCUGCCAAGGGCCCCGCCCAGCGCCCCUGGUUCCGCCCCUUCGACGAGACCACUCGCUCGUUCGUCUUUGGUCUCCAGCCCCGUGCCAUCCAGGGCAUGCUCGACUUUGACUUCUCGUGUGGCCGCAAGACCCCCUCGGUCGCUGCCAUGAUCUACCCCUUCGGUGGUCACCACAUCCAGAAGUUCUACUGGGGCACGAAGGAGACCCUCCUCCCCGUCUACACCACCGUCGCCGAGGCCAUCAAGAAGCACCCCGACGUCGACUGCGUCGUCAACUUUGCCUCGUCGCGUUCGGUCUACUCGGCCACCCUUGAGAUCCUCUCGUUCCCCCAGAUCAAGUCGAUCGGCAUCAUCGCCGAGGGUGUCCCCGAGCGCCACGCCCGUGAGAUACUCCACCUCGCCGAGGAGAAGGGUGUCAUGAUCAUUGGCCCCGCCACUGUCGGUGGUAUCAAGCCCGGAUGCUUCCGUAUCGGUAACACCGGUGGUAUGAUGGACAACCUCAUCUCGUGCAAGCUCUACCGCCCCGGUUCGGUCGGCUACGUCUCCAAGUCUGGUGGUAUGUCCAACGAGCUCAACAACAUCCUUGCUCAGCAGACCAACGGUGUCUACGAGGGUAUUGCCAUCGGUGGUGACCGUUACCCCGGUACCUCGUUCAUCGACCACAUCCUCCGCUACCAGGCCGACCCCGAGUGUAAGCUCAUCCUCCUCCUCGGUGAGGUUGGUGGUACCGAGGAGUACCGCGUCAUCGAGGCCGUCAAGAGCGGUGUCAUCACCAAGCCCAUCGUUGCCUGGGCCAUUGGUACCUGCGCCAAGAUGUUCACCUCGGAGGUUCAGUUCGGCCACGCCGGCUCGAUGGCCAACUCGGACCUCGAGACUGCCGACGCCAAGAACCGCGCCAUGCGCGCCGCUGGCUUCAUCGUCCCCGAGACCUUUGAGGACCUCCCCGACGUUCUCAAGGUUGUCUACGACAAGCUCGUUGAGAACGGCACCAUCGUCCCCAAGCCCGAGCAGGAGCCUCCUCAGAUCCCCAUGGACUACCAGUGGGCUUCCAAGCUUGGCCUCAUUCGCAAGCCUGCCGCCUUCAUCUCGACCAUCUCGGACGAGCGUGGCCAGGAGCUCAUGUACGCCGGCAUGCGCAUCUCGGACGUCUUCAAGGAGGACAUUGGUAUCGGUGGUGUCAUCUCGCUCCUCUGGUUCAAGCGUCGCCUCCCCGCCUUCGCCUGCAAGUUCAUCGAGAUGGUCCUCCAGCUCACCGCCGACCACGGACCUGCUGUCUCGGGUGCCAUGAACACCAUCAUCACUGCCCGUGCCGGCAAGGACCUCAUCUCGUCACUCGUCGCCGGUCUCCUCACCAUCGGUGACCGCUUCGGUGGUGCCCUUGACGGUGCCGCCGCCGAGUUCUCGCGCGGUGUCCAGUCGGGUCUCUCGCCCCGCGAGUUUGUCGACUCGAUGCGCAAGGCCAACAAGCUCAUCCCCGGUAUCGGCCACAAGAUCAAGUCCAAGACCAACCCCGACCUCCGUGUCGUCCUGGUCGUCGACUACGUUCGCAAGCACUUCCCCUCGCACCGCACCCUCGACUUUGCCCUUGCCGUCGAGGACGUCACCACCCAGAAGUCGAACACCCUUAUCCUCAACGUCGACGGCGCCAUCGCCGCCUCGUUCUGCGACCUCCUCUACGGCUGCGGCGCCUUCACCGAGGAGGAGGCCACCGAGUACCUCCGCAACGGUACCCUCAACGGUCUCUUCGUCCUUGGUCGUUCCAUGGGCUUCAUCGGUCACUACCUCGACCAGAAGAGCCUCAAGCAGCCCCUCUACCGUCACCCGGCCGACGAUAUUUUCAUCAACCUCGCCCAGGGCGAGCGUGGCCUCGUUUCCUCGGUCUAG